AAAAGAAAAUUUAGAGGGGCAGAGCUGCAAAAAUCCGCCGCCCUCUCCUUCUACCUCCCGUUUCCUAUCGAUCUCUCCCGUACGAGAAUCUAUAUAUAUAUAUAUUUUUUUUUUUUUUGUUAAAUCGUGUAUCGGCAUUUUGCCAAUCGCACCUCCGAACCCUAAUUUUCUGGUUCGAUUGGGUGUGCUUGUGGUUGUUUUAUUUUGGAAUCACGCCGAUCAGAAAACCAGUCUCUGAAAAUACACUGUUAAUUCCACACCAUAUGACACUUUUUUGACACUCUCUUCCUCUCCCUCCGGUUUCCUUCCCCUACUCCUCCCUCUGAGGGUUUCUCUGGUUACGCGCGCUAAUGGAGAAUAGCGGCAAUAAUAUCUCUCAACCUCAGCAGCUUAAUAAUCUGCAAUCUCGCCGUGCCGGCAAGACGGCGUUUGUUUCAUCGGCGUGGAGCCACGUCGUUAGAGGGGAGUCAGAAACAAGCUCUGUGGCUCCUUUGUCUCCACCGGCAGCUGUUUCUUCCCCUACCGCUCUGUCGGAACAAGUCUUGGGUUCCGCUUCGUCCUCUUCAAAUACGGAUGAUGAGAUCUGUAAUGGCAAUGCUGGUAAGAGACCAGCUUGGAAUGUACCGUCUAAUGGGGCUGUAGAGAUUGGACCUGUUAUGGGAGCUGUUUCCUGGCCUGCUUUAUCUGAAUCCGCUAGGGUUUCCUCUAAAUCGUCCCCGCCCGAUGGAUCAUCAUCUGCGGUGCCUGUCUCGGGAGGGGUACCUGCAUCCUCGUCUCCUCAGAGACAAGUCAAUAAUAAUGCAACUCCCAACUCAACUCCAAACCAUACUACUCCACAGCGCCAAAGAUCAAUAAAACCGCGUAACAGCGCUCCUUCUUCUGAUGGUAGCUAUCCUCAGCCCUUGGUAGUGUCACAGGGACACGUAGCGGAGGUUCAUCACUCAAAUAACCCUUCUCCUAGGGACCAUGGCUCAAGAAGUUCUCAGCCCCGCAGUAGUAAUGAACAGCAUUCAGGGCAGCAACGCAGUUCAUUCAGAAACCGCAAUGGUGGUGGCCCACAUUCUCGUGCAGAUGGCUCUUACAAUCAUCAUAGUUAUGGAGGAGGUAGGCGUGAUCAAGACCGCGGAAAUCAGGACUGGAAUACUCAUAAUAGGAGUUUCAAUGGUAGGGAUGGCCAUGUGCAGCAGCCACAGAGGGUCACACCGAGGUUCGUGAGGCACCCACCUCCUCCUGCGUCUACACCUUUUAUGGGACCUGCUCCAGUGCGGCCCUUUGGAGCUCCCAUGGGUUUCCCUGAAUUGGCUUCUCCUUUGUAUUACAUGACUGGUCCUCCACCUCCACAAACUUUGAGAGGAGUGCCUUUUGUUCCAGGACAAAUACAACCUCAUGCGAUGUUCUUCCCUGCUCCAGAUUUUCAGUUGCAUUCUAAAAUAGUGGCUCAGAUUGAUUACUAUUUUAGUAAUGAAAAUUUAAUUCGGGACACCUUUUUGCGCCAGAAUAUGGAUGAAGAGGGCUGGGUACCCAUUAAAUUAAUUGCAGGCUUCAACAAAGUUUCACAUUUGACUGAUAACAUACAGUUUAUAUUGGAUGCGCUCAGGUCUUCCACUGUGGUAGAAGUGCAGGGUGACAAAGUAAGAAGAAGACACGACUGGAUGAGGUGGUUAUUGCCACCAUCUGUUCAGUUUCCAAGUGCCCCUAGCCCUAGCCCUCAAGGCCUUGGGAAGUCGAAUCAAGAGAUGCUUGCGGGUAACGUGCAAAACAUGUCCUUAGAGGAGGUCAGUGGCCAGAGUAACGCGAGACGUCAAGCUGAUAUUCAAUCAAAGGCAUUCCAAAGUAGAUCUUCGUCAGGUGAUUUUAGUAGUCAACCACAGCCAUCAUCUAGCCAUGAAGGUCUGGAUCACUUCACUUCUGCCAAGAAUUGAAGCGUGGAUGUGUUCUGAUGCACAUCGAUGGUGCUUUGGACGAAAAGUGUGGAGCGAGGGGAGGGUUUCAACAACAUGGAUGGGUAGUGGUCUUGCCUUGAUCGCGAUGAAACAUGGUUUCUCGUCGAGGUCUUCUUCUAGAACAUAUAUGGUGGUUUAGGAAACAAGGUUCCAGCUUUUGAAAAGACCAAACACAAAAAAAAAAACAAAAAAACUAAAACAUCAAUUUCUUUAAAAAAAAUAUGAAAAAUCGGAAAGGAAAUGAAAUGAAAAAUCAAAGGAAAAUUAGAAACAUAAGGCAGUAAACGUUUUUAUGGCUGAAGAUGGUGGCAUCAGAUUAUUGGAAUUUUGUAAAGAAUUCAUUUUUUUCUUUGGGACUAUUAUCCUUUGAUUCCUCCCGCCUAAUUAUUCGUUGUGGCACCAUUGGUUUGAAUGGGGAAUUUUUGACAUUGCUCCCUGUAUGUUAUGGUAUUGCUCAGCCAAUUUUAGUUCUUAGGGUUAGGGGUUGCAUUCAGGGACGCCGAGUCUUUUUUAUAGACAACAAUACGGCGACGAGAAAGUGGCGCAUUGAAUUGUCUUUUGCGUGGUGCCGUUGGCCGAGCUCCAUCUGAAUCUGACGUGUGCCAAUUUCUCUCUUAUUAAUAAUUUUGAUGAUUAUGAAGCCUUCUAGAAUAAUCUUCUUUUGCUGGAUGUAUGUUAUAAUUUGC